AUGGAGAAGAAUAGUUUCGAUAAGUUUGAUUCAAGAUCCUAUGCCAGGUGUUAUUGGCAUAAAUGGGAACCCAAACAGUAUAUCAUAUUAAUCGAAAAGGCAAAUGACCUCCUUAUAAAGUAUUCAAAAGAACUAUCGGAUUUGGUAUCUUCAUCUUAUAGUUGGUAUGCUUGCUCUGCCAUCUAUUCAUCAAAUAAGAUCGAGGAUACUGGUCUUUCACUUGAGGAGACAAAAAACAUUGUCAUCGAAUAUCUAAAUCCCAACUCUAUGGAUAGACUACUCAGUGAUAUCGAAAAGACUAAUGAUCAAAGUAGAAAAGAGGUUCUUCAACAUCUGUCAGCAUUCCAAUACUUGUGUAGAGAGAAUCUUCAUAGUGAUCUUUCAGAAGAUAUCAUACUUGAGACACAUCGCUUACUAAUGAAUGGUUUGGUUCGAGAAGACGGUAUGGAUGCUAGAGCAGGUAGUUAUCGUGAUACUGAUAUUACAGUUGGAAAAGAUGGUCAACCAUGUGUAAGUUCUGAUGACAUUGUACCAAUAAUGAAGAGGUUAGCAACAUGGUUCAACCAGAUAAAGUCAAAACCAUUCGAUCCAUUUGUUACUGCAACCAUUUUGAAGACAAGAUUUCUCCAUAUUCAUCCAUUUAUCGAUGGAAAUGGCAGAUUGUCACGGCUCCUUAUGAACUGGGUUCUUUUGUCUAAAGGAUUACCUUUUCCAAUUUCCUUACAAGCAGGGUUUAGUUAUCAAGCAAAGAAGAACUACUUUCAUUGCUUUAAUGCUAAUGAUCCAACCAAACCUUUGUCAUCACUUGUACUCGAGUCGGUACAUACACACUUUUGUUCGUUCUUUGAAAGAGUUAAAUUUACAAAACCAGAGAUACCCCCAUUUAUUAGCUCGAUCAAUUCUCACACCUACUUUGAUAGAUUACCAACUUGGAGAGAUGGAAACGGAUAUGAUAUUGAUCAAAUGCAAGAUAUGAUAAAUAAAUACACCAGUGAAAAUAAUUAUGAUGUCAUAAAGAUGCAGAAAAUCUUCAAUUUGAGAGCAUUACAAUUUGCGAUUCACUCCCGUAUCGACCUACAAGGUAGCAACCUUACUCUUACUAAAGAUCAUCUGACUCCUAUCAUCAUCAAUGACUAUAAUACUGUAACAGAUCUUUCAACUACCCCACAUUUUAAAGGUGAUUUCUCUCGUACAUUAGAAGAAAUGACUCGAUUGACAAAAGCAUUUAGAUAUCUUUGUGUGGAUAAAGUCAAGUCAGAUUUAAAUGUUGAGUUGAUAUUAUCAACACUUCAUAUUCUAUUCAAUUCAUCCACUAGCUAUAGAACAGAUGAUGUAUACAUUGGAUCUCAUUUGUUUCCAUCACCCCACUGUCUUAAGUCUAAUCUUGAGACAAUAGUCAAUAGUUACAAAGAAAAAGUGUCUAAAAUUGAAUCAACUAGCGGAAUACAAGAAAAGAUUGUUAUUUCAACUUGGCUCAUGUAUGAAAUUCUUGCACUCCAUCCUUUCCAAGAUGGAAAUGGUAGAAUAUCUCGUCUCCUUCUUAAUUGGUCAUUAUUACAUUUGGGAAGUAAUUUUCCAGUUAUUUUUGGAAAAGAAAAGGGUGUCAAGCAUGGUCACAGAGACUUAGUCGUUUCUAUCCAAUUAGCAAGAUCAAAUCUUGGUUCACCAACCAUUCUCGCUACACGUGUUCUUCUGUCUCUUUAUAACGCAUGGGAAUCACUCACCACUGAUAAAUAA